AUGGCCAGCGCCUCGACUAUCAUUGUUGUAGGUGUGUUGGUAGGCGUCUUGUCUUCUGCGACGCAGUCGUUGGGACUGACGCUCCAAAGGAAGGCCAGUGUCGCGUGCAAUGGCUCUCUGUAUCGCAAUUCCACGUGGCAGCUAGGUCUGGUAUUGUUUCUGCUCGCCAACAUCGUGGGCAGCACCGUCCAGAUCGCCACGCUGCCAUUGAUCAUUCUGGCGCCGCUGCAGAGCUGUGGUCUUCUUUUCAACUCCGUGGCUGCCCACUACAUUUUGAAGGAGCGUUCCUCAUGGCGGACACCCCUCGCGACUCUGUUUAUCAUCGUUGGCGGAAUGGUUAUCGGUGUGGUGGGAGUCUCCACCACUGACGAUAACUCAAUCACCCACUCACUUUCAGAAUUGCUUCUGCUGGCCCGCCAACCGCUCUUCCUACGCUGGUUUGUCGUGACAAACGUCAUAGUCGUGCUUGUUCUAAUGUGGACCAUGUUCUCACGUCUCGGAUUGCUUGCUAAGGGUGUCAUUUAUGGAUGUUGCAGUGGGACCUGGUCUGCACACUCUCUAUUGCUGGCCAAAUCUGUAUCUGACAUUAUCACACAUGCUCUGAUCUUCAAGACAUCAGACCUUAAACGCUUCAAUUUCUACCUACUCGUUGUCAGUUUUGUAUCCCUAUCGCUAACGCAGUUGUUCCUGUUGAACAGGGGUCUGCGACAUCUUUCCACCUCGAUACUAUAUCCGCUUGUCUUCUGUGUAUACAACCUGGUCAAUAUCCUGAACGGCGUUGUCUUCUUCCAUCAGGACAACACAUCUUUGACACACGUCAUUCGCAUCAUUUCACCCGGUGUGGCAAGCCUCAUCCUUGGUGUGGUCCUUCUGUCACAGGACCAGUAUUUCAUAGCCCAACGUGAGGAAGGGUCGUCUUCUCAGGAUGCUUCUAACCGCACCAGCGUCCUUUCCUACACCAGUCUUAGACCCAGAUCAGUCGAUCUUUCGUCACUUCAAGCCACGUCAAACAUCGCCAAUGAUAGCGAUACCUUCUAUGUAUCUCUGCCGCAGGCUUCGAAAAAAGAUAAGUAUGGCUCGGGAGCAUCUGCAAAGCGAACUAGCAAGAGAGUGCUCUCUUAUGAGCAAGAGGAAUUGUUAACGCAAAUGGUAUGA